AUGGUUUGCGGAGGCUUCGCGUGUUCCAAGAACUGCCUGUGCGCCCUCAACCUGCUCUACACCUUGGUUAGUCUGCUGCUCAUUGGAAUUGCUGCCUGGGGCAUUGGCUUCGGGCUGAUUUCCAGUCUCCGGGUGGUCGGCGUGGUCAUUGCUGUGGGCAUCUUCUUGUUCCUGAUUGCCUUAGUGGGGCUGAUCGGAGCUGUGAAACACCACCAGGUGUUGCUCUUUUUUUACAUGAUCAUUCUCUUACUGGUAUUUAUUGUUCAGUUUUCUGUAUCGUGUGCUUGCUUAGCCCUGAACGAAGAGCAACAGGGUCAGCUUCUGGAAGUCGGUUGGAACAAUACAGCAAGUGCCCGUGAUGACAUCCAGAGAAAUUUGAACUGCUGUGGGUUCCGGAGUUUCAACGCAAAUGAAACCUGCCUGGCUAGCUGUAUGAAAAGCGGCCACCCCUGCUCCACGUGUGCUCCGAUAAUCGGGAAAUAUGCGGGAGAGGUUUUGAGAUUUGUCGGGGGCAUUGGCCUGUUCUUCAGUUUUACAGAGAUUCUGGGAGUUUGGCUGACCUACAGAUACAGGAACCAGAAAGAUCCUCGUGCUAACCCUAGUGCAUUCCUUUGA